GGGUGGAAGACCUUUGUUUGGGUAAGGUAAAAUAUACCUUUGUACUUUGUACCCAAAAUCCAAAUAAAUAUACCUAUACCUACCUACUAACUACCCACACAUACAUGCUGUACGGCACAACAAGAGAAGUACUUGUAGUAGUAUUAGCAGUAGCAGCAAGUAUAGCAAGGCAUACAAGUACAAGGAUACGAGUAGUGGAGUAGUACAACGUACAACCUAUAGGCGAGGAGGACGCUCUUCUCCUCAUCAACCCUCAACCUCGUAUAGACGCGCACGGGACACGCUUUGGAGGGUGUAAAUACGCGAUGGAGGAGUCGAAUCGACCAAGACGAAGACGAUGAUGAUGAUGAUGGUACUGCAUCAAGGAAGGGAAGUUUUUCCUCCAAGUGUGUAAAAGCGAGUGUGUGUGUGCUGUUAAGUUAAGGAAUUAAGUAUAUGUGUACGUGCACGCAGAGGGAAAAAAUACAACCGACGACGACGGCCACGAAGAGGAAGAGAAGAGGACGUCGCUGUUGUGUUGGCGUUCAUGUUGUACCUGCUGCUGCUGCUGCUGCUGCCUCCAUAGUAUUUCACAUCUUCCUCCUCCUCAUCGUCGUUACGUAUGGUCUGCUGGUGGACGCGCUCCACGCAUUGUACGUCGCUGUCAUUCGUUCCCCGUGCAGUAGGGUUCUCUGCGCCUUUUUUUCACGCAAUACUAUCUAUAGGAGGAAAAUAAUUAAAGACCCUGGGGAAAGAAUGUUGUUCUGCACUAACUCUCUGUGAUAUAUCACAUCGUGAUUUCAGCACUUUGCGCUCUCUCUUUCUCUCUCUUUCUAUAUACUCGUACACCCCCAUGACUCCGAUUCUCGGGAUAUUCGUCUUUUCCUCGUCAUCCUAUUUUUUAACUUCAAAGGGGAUUGUCCGCUAAUCGUUGUAGAUAUCAUACUACUUACUCAUCAGCGCAAGCUUUCUAAUUUACUCGAGUCUACUGUUGUCAUCAUCGUCGUUGUUAUCGUCAUCCUCUCGAGUGCGCGCUCAAGCAACACCAUCAUGUUCACGGGUACCAUCAAGGUUGAGAUUUGCGAAGCUUCUGGUCUUAGAGCUACGGACAAGCAGCGCAAGUUCUGGCAGGAUGAACCACCCAUCCUGGAUCCCUACGUUCAGUUGGACAUUGACGAAAAGUAUCUCAACUGUUCAUCUACCAAAAACAAGACCUUCAAUCCUGUCUGGAACGAGUGCUUUACACAUGAAGUGCACGAUGCCAUGCUGUUGGGCCUCACUGUCUUCCAUAAUGCAGCUCUUCAGCCUGACGAUUUUGUGGCCAACUGCAGUAUACCCUUCGAAGAACUUAUUCAGCGAGACGAUGAGACUACUGACUUUUGGGUGGAUCUGGAGCCUCAAGGAAAAUUAAGAGUAAAAAUAGAGUUACAAAGAAAUGACCACCUACAGCAUUUGGGAGGUGGUAUACGAGAUGGAGAGGGAGUUGGAGGUAGUGUCAACAGGAGCAAAGAGCCCAAACGUGAGUUUAAGGAGCAUCAUCAAGGCUUCAGAGGCAGGCGGGGUGCCAUGAGAAGAAAGGUUCACCAGAUAAAUGGGCACAAGUUUAUGGCCACCUUUCUUAGGCAACCCACAUUUUGUUCACACUGUCGAGAAUUCAUAUGGGGCUUGGGCAAGCAGGGCUAUCAGUGUCAAGUUUGCACUUGUGUCGUUCACAAAAGAUGCCACGAGCAAGUUGUUACGAAAUGCCCUGGCAUGAAAGAAGAGGCAUGCCAUCCAGAAGUCGCUCGAUUCAAGAUAAAUGUUCCGCAUCGUUUUGUCGUUCACAAUUACGUACGAUUCACAUUUUGCGAUCAUUGCGGCUCACUUCUCUACGGUUUUUUCCGACAAGGUCUCAAAUGCGAAGUCUGCGAAAUGAACGUUCACAAGCGCUGUCAGAAAAACGUGGCAAACAAUUGCGGAGUCAACGUGAAGGCGAUGGCCGAUGCGCUCAACCAGAUCGGCAUCGCCCCUGACAAACAACAAGUAAAAACUUCGAGGAUCAACUACAAGCCUUCGAUUCAAUCGAGCAGCGGGAGCGAUGUGUCAAGUGAUACUUCAACCACGUCCUUGCUACAUAGACAAAAGUCUGGAAAAGAUUUGGUGUCGCUUGCGGGUAGCGACAGUUCAAGCACAAAAGAUUUGAACGACAUACACAAGUACGGCCUUGCAGACUUUAAUUUUAUUAAGGUAUUGGGCAAGGGUAGCUUUGGCAAGGUCAUGCUGGCUGAGAAGAAAGACAACCCUGAGGAAAUUUACGCCGUCAAGAUACUGAAGAAGGACGUGAUAAUUCAAGACGACGAUGUAGAAUGUACGAUGACGGAAAAGCGAAUCCUAGCCCUAGCAGCAAAGCAUCCGUUCCUCACAGCUCUGCAUAGUUGUUUUCAGACAAAGGAGCGUCUCUUUUUUGUUAUGGAGUAUGUUAAUGGAGGCGACUUGAUGUUCCAAAUUCAAAAGGCUUGCAAAUUCGAAGAAUCUCGCGCUCGUUUCUACGCUGCCGAAGUAACGCUAGCUUUACAAUUUCUCCACGAACAUGGCGUUAUAUAUCGUGAUCUGAAGCUUGACAAUAUUCUACUUGAUCAAGAGGGACACUGCAAACUAGCAGACUUUGGUAUGUGCAAAGAAAAAAUGUUCCCAGGCAAGCUGACGAACACCUUCUGCGGCACACCCGAUUACAUCGCUCCAGAAAUUCUCCAGGAGAUAGAAUACGGUGCAAGUGUCGACUGGUGGGCGCUAGGCGUCCUUAUGUACGAAAUGAUGGUUGGGCAGCCACCGUUCGAGGCUGACAACGAGGACGAUCUUUUUGAGUCGAUACUAAAGGAUGACGUGUUGUAUCCUGUGUGGCUGAGCGAGGAGGCCGUUUCAAUUCUUAAAGGUUUCAUGACCAAAAAUCAGAACCGUAGAUUGGGGUGUGUCACGAUAAACGGAGGUGAAAAAGCCAUCAGAGAGCAUCCAUUUUUCCAACACAUGGACUGGGAUGCGCUUGAAGCGCGUAAAAUCAAACCACCCUUCAAACCAAAAGUCAAAAACAAAAAAGAUGCAGUAAAUUUCGAUGCAGAAUUUACAAAAGAAGAGCCGGUUCUAACUCCGAUCAGCUCAGAUAUUACGUCUAGCAUAAAUCAAGAGGAAUUCAAGAACUUCUCUUACGUUAACCCGGAAUUCUAUCCUCCUAGAUUCGUAUCACAGUAAGGGAAAUACAUCAACCAUACGCUGAAACGUUUUGGAAUUUUUAUUAAACAAAUUUUAUGAAGUUCACGGCCAGAGCGACGUCGACGAUAUAAUAUAGGUAAGCAAUUUAUUCGUCGUACUAUCAAAGGCCGAAAAUUUCCUUUUGGAUACAGAGUAAGAAAAAAGUGUGUAAAUAUUAAAGACGAGCAUUUCUCGUUUUACUAUGAUCUCUAGUCAACAAAGAAUCUAAAAGUUUGUGGGGAAAAAUAUUAGUCAUUUCGCAAUUAUUAUAUUUAAUUCGCCAAGGUGAAACUUGUCACUCGCGUUGUAUCUAUAGUAAUUUGUGUGCGAUUAAAAGUAAUAUUAAAAGUAAUUUUGUUUGUCGUUUUUUAAGAACUCUGGCGAAAUGAUAAUAACAUCGUUGUUAUUAAUAGUGAAAAAAAAAUUUUAAAAACUACAGUCAAGUGACGUUGAUUCGUCAUCAACAAAAAUAAAAUAAUAGCAGAAAAAGAGAUUGCUUUCACGAUUGACAUGAAAGCAUUAUUGGUGGCCGUGUACCUCAAUCGCUUUACGGUUCAACGGCGAGAGGCGGACAUCGGUUUUUCUCGCUCUACUUUCCUCCCUGCGUUACCAUACACACACACAAUAUUCGACCUCCGGUACACCGAACAAACUACGGAGACCUGAAAUUUCAAAUUAUCUAUGCUUAGUAUUUAUUUUUAAACGACAUGAAAAAAAAGAGUGCUAUGAAUAUUUAAUCAAAGAUGUUUAGUGUUUGUGAAUCGUGUUGGACACAUUAUAAAAGCUCACAAACGAAAAAGCCCGCGUUGAUCGAACGACGAUUUAAACAAAAGCCACAUUUCGUUGAUCUUUAAAAAAAGGCUUCUUAUCUCACUGCGUGAUCAAAAAGCUCCGACUUUACUCGACGAGAUAUUCAGGAUGUACUCGUCGCGCAUCGUCGGGGCGUAAGCUUACAACGGAAUAAGAAAGAUUUAAAAAAGCGGACCGCUGGUGGUUCGCGUAUCAAAGAAGCUAUACAUGAUUAUGUGCGUAUAAAGAAAAGAAAAAAUAUAUUAAUAUAUAUAAACUAAAGUAUAUAAAUAAAUAUUUAACUUAUUUUAGAAUAUGCUUGAAAAAAAAAAAAAUAAAUAAGAAAAACAAAUAGUGAAGUCAAAUCGCAAACUAUUGUUGGAAUCAAAAUAACAAAAUCUAUUGUUUAUAAUAAUUGUUGAAUGUUGCUGAGGUAUAUAUAAAGGAAAUGAAAUAAAGAAACAAAACUCAUCAGAAAAUAAUUACUGUAUAGAAACGCCCAUUACGCACCUUUCAGGAUAUUUUUAAGUGUUAUUUCUAGUUAGACUGAAGUGAAAAAAUUAUACGUACCGUGGGAGAAAGAAGAUGAGUCUAUGUAGCAAAGUUGACGUUGAAAUCUGUCUAAAAACUUGAAAUCGAGUCUGAUAGAAACAUAGAACCGUAACUGUUAAGUGGAUAAAUGAACAUACUAUACACAUUUGGUAACCACUGGGUAACCACUUGUAUUUAUCUUUAUACGUUUCUAUGAAAAUUUUUUGUAGAAAUCUUCAUCGAGAUAGAAAUGUUCGACGAUUAAUCUUGCGCGGUGCAAUGUUUCUAUGUAAAAUUUUUAUAGAAGCGAGAAACUUCGUUUUUGUAUUCUCAUCGCUGUAUAUGAGAUGUUUUGAAUAUCGUUCUUUUUUAAAAGAUCAAUCGAUGGAGAAGCGCGUGCACGUACAUGGUGUGAUCUGCGUUUCGCGUAUAAGAGCUCAGUUUCUAUUUUGUUUUUUUUUUGUUUUUUUUCUCUCUCUCUUCAGAAAGUUGUCGCCAAACAUGGUCACGUAUCAGUAAGUGAAGUUCAUGUAUUUAUUAUACAAAUUUAUGAGUCUCCAUAGCUUCACAAUUCUCGCCUUGUACACUAGAGAUGAAAAGAAAUUUACUUUAUUUUAUUUUUGAGUGACUAUGGGAAAAAAACAACAAAAAUAAGAUAAUUUUCGCAGUGAUUCGUGUACUUAAGAAUAUUAAUCUCAUAUACCGUAAAAUCCAAAAUUAUAAAUCAAAGAAAAGCUUCACACCUCGUGCUAUAUUAUAAAAGAUGGUGAAAAAUAUAGGCAAAAAAGUAAUAACGAAAGAGCCAAAGAGGAAAAGUGCACUAGAAACGCGCAAAAGUUUCUUUUGUAUCUCGUUCUGAUGGCAAUUAAUUAUAAAAAUUUCGUUGAUGUUUUACGUUGUUUACGUUGAAUAACAAAAAAAUAAUAAUAAUAAAUAAAUAAAAUGUUUUAUACGCACAAUCAAAACGAGUCGUGGAAUUCUGUGUUCGUGUAUUAUUAUUAUUAUAUUUAAAUUUUACUAUCGUGACAGAAAACGUGUUUUAUUUUUUGUAUUGUUUUUUUACCGUUUGUUUGUAUAACUUUUUGUUUUUGUUUUUAUCAUACGUAUUAAUGUAUAAAAGUUAUAUACUAUGAGCCACCGAAACAGCGAUCUCGCAGUGGUAUCAUCAUAAAAUAAUAGGGGAACUGAGGCACACUUUUUUUUCCUCGCUUUUUCGAAAAUUCGUUCCGUGCUUUUUUUUUAAAGUUAGAAGGUGCUUUGACUUUUCUCGAAAAGUGCUGAAUCAGCCCCAGGAGCUCUUUUCGAGGACUGGUAAAAGAUCACUGGCCCCAAAAUCGAAGAGUAACAUCCGUCAACCCCUUGCGCAGCUCAUAUAUAGGUACAUUGUAACGGAGUGCAUGCAUGCAGGGCUUGAAUAAAAAAAUGAGAAAAAAUUUAGUCUGAAACUCUUUCAUUUCCAUCCCUCGUCACUGAUUGAUUAUUCGUUAGGUUUAUUGGUGCCUCUCCUACAAACCACCCAAAUGCCCUCGUUUUGCAUCUUAAUUUAUUUGAAAAACUUGGAUGUUGACAGCAGACUGACCACAUGUUUUUCUCAUUUUUCACGAGUCCCUCAACUCCUUACAGUGUCAUCCUCUAUAUUAAUUAUAAUUCGAUGUCGUAAUCGUCGUAAUCGUGUUACUGAACGUGCAAUUUAAAAUAAAAAAAAAUAAAAAAAAAAGGGAAAAAAAA